AUGCCGCCCCGCCCAGCAGCCGCUGCCAUGGGGCCCGUGGUCCUGGCCCUCGCCCUCCUGGGCACCGCCGCCGCCACGGCCGACAACUGUCCAGAAGUGAAGGUGCUGGGGCUGGAGGCCGACAAGCUCGCCAUCCUGCGGGGCUGCCCGGGGCUGCCCGGGGCCGCGGGGCCCAAGGGAGAGGCAGGCGCGGACGGCAGGAGAGGAGAACCAGGCCCAUCCGGAGUCCCUGGGGACGCGGGACCCCCCGGGCCCAAAGGAGACCCAGGGGAGAAGGGUGCACGUGGAGAGAAAGGAGAGCCAUGUGAACCUGAGCGAUGUGACACAGGACCUCGGAGCUGCAUGGAGAUGCGCACCAGGGGGCACGUGCUGAGCGGCUGGCACACCAUCUACCUGCCCGACUGCCGGCCGCUGACCGUGCUGUGCGACAUGGACACGGACGGCGGGGGCUGGACCGUGUUCCAGCGCAGGGUGGACGGCUCCGUGGACUUCUACCGGGACUGGGCCGCCUACAAGCAGGGCUUCGGCAGCCAGCUGGGCGAGUUCUGGCUGGGCAACGACCACAUCCACGCCCUGACCGCCCAGGGCACCAGUGAGCUCCGUGUGGACCUGGUGGACUUCCAGGGCACCCGCCACUCUGCCAAGUACCAGGCGUUCAGGCUGGGGAGCGAGGCCGAGAAUUACAAGCUGGUCCUGGGCGCCUUCGCCGGGGGCAGCGCCGGUGACUCGCUGACGUCCCACAACAACUCCCGGUUCUCCACCAAAGACCAGGACAACGACGCCAGCUCCUCCCACUGCGCCCAGCAGUACCAGGGCGCCUGGUGGUACUACGCUUGCCACGUGUCCAACCUGAACGGGCUCUACCUCGGUGGCGCCCACCAGAGUUUUGCCAACGGCAUCAACUGGCAUUCGGGGAAGGGGUACAACUACAGCUACAAGGUGGCCGAGAUGAAGGUGCGGCCCGUGUAGGGCGGCCGGCGGCCUGGGGCGUCUCUGACCAGGUCCCGCGUCCCCCAAGCACGGGCACACGAGGCUCUCAUGCAAAGGGAGAGCUCGCCCCCGGCCCCUGACCCCGGCCCCUGGCCCCCGGCCCCCUGACCCCAGCCCCGGCCCCCGGCCGUCAGGGACCCUCAGCUUCGAGACCCUGACCGACUCCUAGCCCUUCCUCUCCCGCCGGCCAGGGUGAGGGUGACCCUGACCUUGUGCACCGCUCGCAUCCUCAAUAAAGCUUCGCCUGGCUGGGC